CAAAAAAAGUACCUGUUCUAAAACUGAAAAUAUUUCAUUCUGACAGAAACUUUUGAGAUUUGUGCAGUCGUAUUCUUUAGACAAAAAAGGUUUCCACCAGUGAAUAUUAAACGUGUUGAAAGUGUGAAAGAAGAACAUUCUGCCACCAUGGUUAGGAUGGGGAGAACGCAUCUUGUAUUCCUGAUGAUAGGUUUAUUCGGAUGUCACGUGAUCUCUGCAGAUCCUCAGGUGACCCUUCCCGGAACCUCAACCACCCUGUCAGGCAUCUACAUCCAGUACAAUGAAACCGGAUAUCUCAACGUGAGUGUCAUCAUCGAAGCUUUCCUGGGGAUACCCUUCGCUGAACCACCCGUAGGAGAACUCAGGUUCAAGAAUCCAGUCAAAAAGGGAGAUCUAGGUACAAGUUAUCCAGCUGAUGCUGAUAAGUCGGUUUGUCCUCAGGUAGGCAGCGGUGAAAAUGAAGACUGUCUUUAUCUCAGCGUGCAUACUUCUUCAGAAAGGGUAAGAUUCAUUCGAUGCAAUGCACCUGUUAUGAUCUGGAUCCAUGGAGGUGCAUUUACCGGAGGGUCUGGUUCAUCAAGCUCGUAUGACCCAUAUCCUUACUUUGGUCUUACUGCCGACUACGUCGUCGUCCAUAUCAACUACCGUCUCGGUGUGCUGGGAUUCUUAACAACAGGUGAUGCUGCUUCACCGGGUAACUAUGGCAUGUACGACCAAGUGAUGGCCCUUGAAUGGGUGCAAGAAAACAUUGCAGCGUUUGGCGGUGACCCGAGUAGAGUUACUAUUAUGGGAGAGAGUGCCGGAGCAGCUAGUGUGGGACUUCAUCUCGUAUCACCUCUGAGUAAAGACUUGUUCCAUCAGUCUAUCAUGCAGAGUGGGAACGCCCUUUGUCCGUGGGCCGUUGAUACCAACAUUGACAGACAGAUUGGAUUCACAAUGGAGAUCGCGGACAUGGUAAACUGUACCACCACCGACAACCAAGCCCUGGUCGAGUGCUUGAAAAACGUCGAAAUAAAUGACCUAUUAAUGGCACAAGCAACUUUAACAGGAAACUACUUGCACGUUGAGCUCCUGUUUGUACCAGUCGUCGAUGGCGCUUUCCUGCCCGAUGUUCCACUUGAACUUCUAAAGCGAGGAGAGUUUAACAGCGUACCUACCCUCCUCGGUACGAACAAAGAUGAGGGGACUCUUAUAGCCCUCCGAGCUUAUCCUCUUUAUAUAGGUCGACAAAAUCCGCCUACCACGACAUUGCAGGAGUUCAGAGACUUUUUACCAGAUUAUCUCUACGAGUACACUCCCUUGGUUGCCUCGGCUGUCGAGCAGUGGUACAUUGACUGGAAGCUGGCGGAUAACCCUUUAGCAGAUCAGUAUGAGGCCUUUGUCAAUUUACAAACAGACCAGGUCUUUGCAUGUUCUACUGAAGUAAUGGCACGUGCUCUAGAAGAAUCUGGAGUCCCAGUCUAUCGCUAUGAAAUGACCCACGAUCCUUCCACAUCGAUCUGGGGGAGCGUGCCUGGGUGGAUGGGUGCAGGGCAUGGUGAAGAUGUCCAAUUCGUCUUCGCGUGGGGUCUAAGUACUUCUGGUGGAGGUCAAACCCAUCAGGAAAAGUACAUGUCAGUCCAGUUCGUUCGCUACUGGUCAAACUUCGUUACAUCUGGUGACCCGAACGUACCACUCUCAACGGGAGAAUACCCAUCUUGGCCGAGAUACACACUCCCUGAUCAGGAUUAUAAGAUUCUAUCCCUCACGAUGAAGAAUGAUCGAGCCAUGAGGAUGGAUUCCUGUGCUUUCUGGCUGAAGUACGCCCCAAACCUCUACGAGUUAGAUGAGAGCGACCCGGACGACUUAUACCAGGAUUGGAGCCAAGAAUACGAGCAGUGGAGAGAUGUUCAUAUGACCGAAUGGAAUGACGCCUUUGAGGAAUACAAGGAAGGCAAUGGUUGUGAUCAGCCAUGAAGUAGAUUCAGAAUAUUAUUCAAUUUCAAAAUAGGAUACAAACACUUCAACCUAUAGCUUAAUCUUUCGGCUUUACCUCAAGCUUAGAACUGCAAAAAAAAUGGUAAUAUUACAAGAGGA